AUGGAGGUGAUAGCCCCUCCGAAGCACAUCCUCAGCUCCUGGGUCGAGUCUCCGUUAUUCAGGAAGACGGACCUCUGGACAUCACUAUGCCUCGGCGCCAUCCUCGUCAGCGUGUUCCUCACGUUGCCCCAGAUGCGCAGGCCCUCCCGGAAACUCCCCCACAUCAACCCGCGGGCCACGUUCGACUUCUUCAGCAGGGGCCAGAAGCUAGACUUCCUGAUCAACGCCCGCAGGAUCUUGGAGAGCGGGAGGACGCAGUUCCCCGGCCAGCCGUACCGGCUCAUGACGGACGUGGGCGAGACGGUCGUCCUCCCCUCUGAGUUCGUCCACGACAUCCGCAACGAACCGGGGCUCAGCUUCCAGGAAGCCUUUGCCAACAAUUUCCACCCCCAGCUGCCCGGCUUCGAGGGUUUCGCCGCGGGGACCAGGCCCGACGAGCUGUUCCAGCUUGUCAUCAAGAAGCGCAUCACAAAGUUGUUGAAUCAGAUUACCGAGCCUCUGUCCGCCGAAGCAAAGUUCGCCGUCGACCACAUUUUCGGAUCACCCAAUGAAUGGCGGGAGUUCAACAUCAAGAACGACAUCCUCGACCUCAUCUCCCGCCUUUCGUCGCGCGUCUUCCUCGGGGCCGAGGUGUGCCGCAACGAGGACUGGCUCGCCAUCACAAAGUCCUAUACCAUAAACGCCUUCCUCAGCGCCGAGAUUCUGCGCCCUUACCCCUCCUGGCUCCGGCCGGUGGCCCACCGGUUCAUUCCGCAGUGCAAGACGCUCCGCCGGCAAGUCUCCGAGUCAAAGAAGAUCAUCGAGCCCGUCCUCGAGAGGCGGAAGGAGGUGCGCCGUCAGGCCCACGAGAGCGGCGAGCCGGCGCCGACCUUCAACGACGGCAUCGACUGGUUCGAGGAAGAGAGCCGGGGUCGCGAGUACAACGUCGUCGGCGCGCAACUGGGUCUGUCGCUCGUCGCGAUCCACACGACCACGGACCUGCUCGUCGAGACCAUGCUGCGCAUCGCCGAACACCCGGAGCUAUUUGGUGCGUUGCGACAGGAGAUCGUCGAGGUGCUGAGUGCCGACGGCUGGAAGAAGACGGCCCUAUUCAACAUGAAGCUCAUGGACAGCGUCCUGAAGGAGUCCCAGAGACUCAAGCCCAUCACGUCUGCUGUCAUGAACCGCGUCGCCACCCGCCCCGUCACCCUUCCCAACGGGCUCCAGCUACAAAAGGGCGAGAGCUGCGUCGGCGACAUCGGCAAGAUGCACGACCCGGCCGUGUACCCGGACCCGGAGACCUUUGACGGCCGCCGCUUCGCGCGGAUGCGCGGCGACCCGGGCCUCGACGGCCAGGCGCAUCUCGUCAGCACGUCGCCCGCGCAGCUCGGCUUCGGGCACGGCAAGCACGCGUGCCCAGGCCGCUUCUUCGCCAGCAACGAGCUCAAGAUCGCGCUGGCGCACCUGCUGAUGAAGUUCGACUGGCGGCUGACGCCCGGGUACGAGCACCGGUGGCAGGAGUGGGGGCUCGCGUGGUCCGCGGACGAGACGGCGAGGCUGGUGAUGAGGCGCAGGGAGGCCCCCGAGAUCGACAUCGACGCGGUCCGCGGGUGA